GACAAGGGACUCCCUCUGCUGAUGCAGCUCCAUUCACCAAUCCUGUGCCAGUCUAAUCUGUGAACCAACUCCAACAAGUAGAGGUCUGCUAGAGCAUUUUAAUGGCAGAUAUUUUCCUUAUGCCAAAAAUCUUAACUAUGGAGUGCCUGAUCAAGUCCUUUUACUGUAAUCUCCAACUAAUAAUAAGGGCAUAUUUCACCUGAAUAUUUAAAUCCUGAAACCAUGAACCUGUCAGACUCUUGCUUAAGUACAACUUCAGACUUUCCAUUGGAUUUUAACACAUCAGUGUCAUGGAUCAUAAAUGUUUCUAAGAACAGCACUUCAGACAGCAGUCAUGGAACUAGUAUCAGUGCAAUAUUAAUACCAUUCAUUUACCUUGUGGUGUGUGUGGUGGGGCUGAGUGGUAACACACUUGUCAUACAUGUUGUUCUGCGUUACUGCAAAACUGAAUCUGUCACCAAUAUCUACAUCCUUAAUUUAGCCUUGGCUGAUGAAUUAUUCAUGCUGGGACUACCCUUUUUAACAGUACAGAAUGCACUGUCUUACUGGCCAUUUGGUUCACUGAUGUGUCGAUUGGUAAUGACUUUAGAUGCAAUAAAUCAGUUCACCAGUAUCUUUUGCCUAACAGUCAUGAGUAUUGACAGAUAUCUAGCUGUGGUUCACCCUGUCAAAUCCUCAAAGUGGAGAAAACGUCAAGUAGCAAAAACUGUCAAUGCUACAGUCUGGGCAGUGUCCUUCAUUGUUGUCCUGCCUGUUGUAAUAUUCGCAGAUGUACCACAGGGAAUGAACACUUGUAAUAUGAACUGGCCUGACCCACAUCAUGUAUGGAAAGCUGUAUUCAUAAUUUACACAGCUACCUUGGGGUUCUUUGCUCCAUUAAUGGUGAUCUGCCUUUGUUAUCUUCUAAUCAUCAUCAAAGUCAAGUCAUCUGGCAAGAAAGUACGUGCCACAUCUACCAAGCGCAAGAAAUCUGAAAGGAAGGUCACAAGAAUGGUUGUCAUAGUAGUAGUUGUGUUUGUGUUUUGCUGGUUACCUUUCUACACACUCAACAUUAUCAAUUUGGUGGUGGUCUUACCAGAAGGACCAUCCUUAUUUGGCUUCUACUUUUUUGUUGUUCUCUUAUCUUAUGCCAAUAGUUGUGCCAAUCCAAUUAUAUAUGGCUUUCUCUCAGACAACUUUAAACAAGGUUUCAGGAAAACUCUUUGCCGUUCCUCUCGAAGAGUAGAGAGUCAAGAAAUCAGUCAAAGGCUGACAAAAGCUAAUGAGGCAGAGAUGAGUGAGAUAAGUAAGAUAGCACAAAAUGGCAAUGGGCAGGAACAUUCAGUAUGUGCCAAUGAGCAAAAAACACUGCCACAGGAACCAGUGAAUCCAGAGAAGACUAAUACAUUAGAAAUUAGUUACCUGUAAAUAUGUGAAUAUACUUAGAACAUAGUAACACUUGGUUUGUGUAUAUGUG